AUGGUUGCCAGUUUUCGCUCUUUGCGGCAGUGCGCAGAGGAGCCUCCGAUCCCCAAACGCACUGGUCCAGAGUCAGAUCCACGGGAGAAAAGUUAUGCGUUAUCCUCAGCGGGGGCCUCUGACCUAAACGCCUCUGCCCUAAACGCCUCUGCCCUAAACGCCUCUGCCCUAAACGCCUCUGCCCUAAACGCCUCUGACCUAAACGCCUCUGCCCUAAACGCCUCUGCCCUAAACGCCUCUGCCCUAAACGCCUCUGCCCUAAACGCCUCUGACCUAAACGCCUCUGCCCUAAACGCCUCUGCCCUAAACGCCUCUGCCCUAAACGCCUCUGACCUAAACGCCUCUGCCCUAAACGCCUCUGCCCUAAACGCCUCUGACCUAAACGCCUCUGCCCUAAACGCCUCUGCCCUAAACGCCUCUGCCCUAAACGCCUCUGCCUAA